CCUGAAAGAAAUGUGGAACCUAAAAUUCUGAGCCGGGGCAGGGACGUGAAGGCAUCAGCAGCAGCUCACACAGUGGAGCCGGGCUCAUCACACAGGUGGGACAAUGGCAGGCCUGUGGAGAGCCUACCAAGCACUGAUGACCAGAUACCCCUGGACAGUGCAGAUAGUGACCGCUGGGUCUUUAGUGGGUGUCGGUGAUGUCAUCUCCCAACAGCUGAUUGAGAGAAGAGGAUUGGCUCAUCACAACGUGCGGCGGACGGCCAAGAUGAUGAGUAUUGGUUUCUUCUUCGUGGGUCCAGUAAUCGGCACCUGGUACAAAGUCUUGGACAGGCUGGUGGUUGGAGGAACUAAAAGUGCUGCCAUGAAGAAAAUGCUGGUUGAUCAGUUGUGCUUCGCUCCGGGUUUCCUUGGAGCUUUUCUCUCUAUCUCCGGAGCUCUGAACGGACUGACGGUGGAGGAGAACAUCGGCAAGCUCAAGAGGGACUACACGGAUGCCCUGAUCUCAAAUUACUAUCUAUGGCCGCCAGUCCAGAUCGCCAAUUUCUACUUCAUUCCUCUCCACCACAGGUUGGCGGUCGUCCAGGUUGUUGCUGUUGGCUGGAACUCCUACCUGACCUGGAAGGCCAAUAAGAUGUGACCGAUGAUCACAAGUCUGGCCUGUGUUGAUGAUGAUGAUGAUGAUGAUGAUGAUGAUUUUACACUCAUUUGUAGUGUGUGUGUGUGUGACAUGGGCCGUUCUGGUCUAACUUACUUUAUGCUACUUAGUCUUCUGAUAUUUCCAAUGUGUAAAACUGUGACUGAGUCACUCAUAAAGGUCGGGAGAAAGUGCUUGUCUACUCUGAAUGACAAAUUCACACUUGAAAGUCAAACUUGCGUUUGCAGAAAUGUCUGUGAAAGUUAGUUAUUUAUGGAAAUAGGAUUUGGCAGGGGUGCCGCAGUGUAGCCACACAUACGCACAAACACUCAUACAUUAACACCUACUGGUUGCAAAGGAAACUUUUCUAAUCAUUUAAUGUAUUGUUAAUCACUUUAAAUAAUUGUCGUGAAGCAUACAUUUUUAUAGGUUAAUGGUAGCAUGUUUACUCUUAUUAUGAAGGAAAUUUCCACCUCAGGUUCUCAGUAAUAAUUCAUUGUAAUUUACAUAUUUGGUUUAUUUAUUUCACCUCAUAUCUGCACUUCUGCUUCAGCAACUGUUUUCCUACAUUUCCCAAAAUGCCUUUCUAACAAUCCUCUUGGAAAGGCAAGCAAAUGUUUUUUUUAGAUUUCUGUCAUUAAUGUACAUAAAGUUAGUGAUAAGAAAGCAAACACUCUUUACAGGGGUCUCUUUCAGCUGCAGGAUGCAAUGCAUUGUGGUAUAUUGAGGCUUCUGUUUGGGCAGUAACUGGCCUCAUUUGUUUGUCAGUCAUGGCUCUGGAAAGAUGUGCUUGUUGACGUAAUGUUGAAAGAAUAGUUUUUUUGGGAGAUAUGCUUAUUUGUGAGUUAGAUGAAGCCACUCUCAUGUGUACAGUGAAUAUAAGGCUACAGUCACUAACAGGUUAGCUUAGCUUAGCAUAAAGACUGGAAAGGGGAGAAACAUUUUUGAUGAUUUAUUACUCAUAACUUAUUUCAAACUGUAAUAUUAUUACAUUAUAAGUUACACUACUAGUUACUGGGGAGGGUAAUAGUAUUAGUAGUAAUGAAUGGCUCAUCUGAAGGUAGUAAAAUCCAAAUAUUAACAUGUUAUAUCUUGUUUGUUUGAAUCGUUCCAAAAACCAAAGUGUGUGUGUUUAAGGAGUGUGCUGGACCGAUUUUUGACCUGGCCAAGAAAUAGUCUGUAACCCCUCUAAGGCUGCACCUUGUCAUUCACACACUUUGUACGGAUUAAACAAGAUAUAAAGUGUUAAUUAGUGAGUUUCAGAGGUGCUUCUUGGUGGAUGUUGUUACCUUUGGACAGAGCUGUUCCACUCUGUGUGCUCAGCUAUAUAACUUGCUGCUGGGUUUACCUUCAUAUUUACCAUCUGGACUUGAGAGUGGUUUCAUAUAACUCUCGAUAACAAAUCAAACUAUUCCUUCAAACAGUCAGAACUGUUGAAUUAUCAAGUCAAACUGCAUUGUACAAUAAUUAAACAACAAAAUAUACCCAGGUGACCAUUGGUGCGUCGACAAUCUCCGUUUGGAUUUUUCCUUUAUUCUUCAAUGUACAUAAUAAUCUUUAUACUCAGAAUGUGCACAUUUGUAAUAACAAAGGCCGUCUGGCAUAUGAGACAAUAAAGUUUUACCCGAGGUGAUGUCA